UAUGACACCAACAGAGUUCAAAUCAGGAAGUAUAAGGAAAUAAAGAAUAGAGAUACUAUGAUACGUAUGAUACUGGUAUUAAAAUACGAUAUCAACGAUUUGAUUAUAGGAAAAAAUAGUUCAUCACUCGUAUUCUGAUGUUAACCCUGAUUAAAAUGUAUUCCAGUCUUUUCUGAUACAAGUACUUAAAUAUCCUUUUAACGACUUAUGUCGGCUUAUCUUGAUCAAGAGCAUCGUUGUACCUUAGGAAUUUCGUAUUCUUUUCGUUAUUUCGUAUAAGUCAUAAAUAGGUAGAGAUAUGAUAGAGAUAGGGUAUGAUUAAACAUUUACCACUAUGUAUUCGCGAAGAUACAUAUCGAUACAUGGUUCAAAUCGAAUUCGGAGUAUUCUGUGUUUAUUACAUUCAAAUCGAUGAUAUUGCUUUGUGUAAAUUGUUUACAAAUAACGUCAACAUAUGAGCAUUUCUGACAAUAAAGUUAUAGAAAUUAUACUCCAAUAUGUACGUUAAGCAUACGAAAAUACUGUGAUAACGAAGCUGAGAAGUUCCAAGGCCACAGUUACAUGAAGACAACUUUUAAAAGACAUUUGAUGUGAUAAAUGAUGCCUGCGAAGAAUGUAGUUGAUUGGACAACCAACGAUGUUGGUCUUUGGCUUAUAGAAAAUAAACAUUCAAGUUUCUUGUCUUUAUUUAAGAAGCACGAUAUAGAUGGAAAGGUACUUCUAACUUUAAAAGAAGAAGAUUUAAAACCCGUAGCGACACAAGCAAAUAAAACGAUAGGAGACUUAAAAAGAUUGUGUAUAAGUAUUAAACAAUUACAAAGAGACAACGUCGCGAUGUUGUUCGAGUUGGGAUGCGUCGAUUUGUUUACAGCACCGCACUUUUAUGGCCAUCACAAACACGACAUGCCUAGCACUGGUACAAAUAAUGAAGGUUCCAUAGAGAAUGAAUUUUACUCAGCUUCGGUAUCGGAAGAUGGACACGCAUCUCACUUGCCACCUGAGAUAUGGAAAACCUUUAUUAGUUUGGCAUAUUUAUUUAUUGUUACCUGGAUUACUGCCUUCGUAAUGGUAAUAGUACACGAUCGAGUGCCAGAUAUGAAAAAGUAUCCACCUUUGCCAGAUAUAUUUUUGGAUAACGUUCCUCAUAUCCCAUGGGCGUUCGACAUGUGCGAAGUUACUGGCACUAUACUUUUCGCCAUUUGGCUUAUUGUUCUUAUUUUUCACAAAUAUAGAUUUAUCUUGUUACGAAGAUUUUUCGCCCUCUUUGGUACAGUCUUCUUAUUGCGAUGCGUUACAAUGCUCAUUACAUCUCUCUCUGUACCUGGUGCACAUUUACAAUGCCAACCACGUAAGAUGCCAGACGAAGGUUGGACUAGUCCUGCAUACGUGGAAUUAUAUAAUAAGAUCGCAAUGGCUUACGUUAUCUGGCGUGGUGCCGGUAUGUCCAUACAAGGUGUUAGAACUUGCGGCGACUACAUGUUUAGCGGGCAUACGGUCACAUUAACCAUGUUGAAUUUUUUUAUCACUGAAUAUACUCCAAGACAGCUCUACUUUCUGCAUACUUUUACAUGGAUGCUUAAUAUGUUUGGUAUUUUUUUCAUCUUGGCCGCUCACGAACAUUAUUCCAUCGAUGUGUUUGUAGCGUUUUAUAUAACUUCGCGAUUAUUUUUAUAUUAUCAUACCUUGGCCAAUAAUCAAGCACUGAUGCAACGUGACUCGAACAGAACUAGAAUAUGGUUUCCACUUUUUAGUUUCUUCGAAUCUUCUGUGGAUGGAAUCGUACCAAACGAAUAUGAGUCUCCAUCAUUGAUCAUUUAUAAUCUAGUUUGUAGAGGGAAAGAUAUCUGCAACUUUAUACGAUCGUUUAUUUACUUUCGAAAGCCGCGGAGUAACGUAAAUGGUAACAUAAACAGCACAAAAAAGGAACAUUAACAAUUUUAAUGUUUUGCUCAAAAUUGGUUAACGUGUUGAAGUUUGUCAAUAUAAAAUCAAAUGGAAAUAUUUAAUUUUGAUGAAAUUAACAACUCGAAGAUGAUUUAUCUUUUAUCAAAUCGAUAAAGUGGAUGCACCGAUUUUUCACUUGUAAAUAUCUUUAAAGUGCGUCAAUCUAAUCACAUUUAAAAAGUAUUUCUUUUAAUUAAUACCAUAUUAAUUGUUGGCUGUUACUUUAUAUUAAUUCGGCAUCUAAAAUAAUAUUCAUUGUUCUAUCAUUACUAUCUAUAUAUUGAAUUAUUACGUUUUAUUUGGUAACUUUACAUUUUUUGUUCAAGUAAGAGUACAAUUUAUGGAAAAAAUGCUUUAUUUUAGAAACUCAAAAUUCUAUGAAUAAAUUCUAUGAAAAUAUUAUAAUAUGAAAAAAAGAAGGAGGAGAGGCAGGGUGCACAAUUUUGUUAACGCAUUAAUAAUUCUUCUUCCAUCGUUUAUAUUAAUUCGAUAAGUUUGUACCAAUGAAAUCCGAAAAAUUUAAUUGGGCGACUAACGAUUCAUUUGUUUCGUUAUCUAUUAGGAAAAAAAGAAAAGAACAAAAAAAAAAAAAUAAAAGAAAAAAGCAAAAAAAGAGAAAGUAACAUAAUUAACGUAAGAACAAGGUGGAGCUUCGUAAUGUAUUAGUAUGAAAUGCAACGGAGAUAAAUAACGGGAUUGUACAAAGUACCGAUACUAUACUAGAGUUUAUACACAUAGAUUGUUUUAUACGAAAGGAUGUAGAAGAGAAUUGCGUGAUAGUAAGAAUUACACACGCGCGCGCGUGUUUGUAUGUGUAUAUAUAUAUGUGUGUGUGUGUGU